AUGACUCAUGCCGGAGGAACCCAGAGUCUUGACCUUCAAGGCGCUCUAGCCAGAAUGAUGGGCUCUGGGGAAUUCACUGAUAUGCAAUUCAUUUGCAAUGGACAGCAGUUUCUGGUCCACAAAGCCAUUGUCUUCCCUCAGUCUCCCACUAUAAAGGCAGUCGUUACCGGACCAUUUAAAGAGUCCCAAACAGCCACUGUAAACAUGGAUGCUUUUGGGCCCAGCACUGUCAAGCAACUCGUUCAAUUCUUUUAUACGAGCAAUUACGAGUCUUCCAUGUCAGCCGAUAGCACGGAUGGCAGCCCGAAUAUGACCUCUGACGACUGUCUUUCCCAAUCAUUGAAGAGUUCAUUUGAGGCUACUCCCUUAAUGGAACAUAUUCGUGUCAACUCGAUUGGUGACUACUAUCAAGUUGAUGGGCUUGUUUCAUUAGCCAAUACUAGGCUCAAGAGUCUUCUCCAGAGCUCGGAAACGGAUGAUCAGAGCUGGCUUGAGAGUUUUACUGCAGCGACUCAGGAAGCACUAAGCAUCACGGAGAAUGAAGAGUUGAGGGAGAUCUUGGCUACAACAGCUGCUUCCCAGCUCUCCCAAAUCGUGAAGCCAGGGGAGUUCCUUUUUUCCGGGGUAAUCCUUGGCUUCCCACUGAAAGUGCUGCAGAGUUGCGAACACAGGAUACAGACUUUGCUAGAACAAGUCGAGGUACAUCAGUCACAGAUCGCGCAAAAGGACUUGGAUAUUCUUCGUAAGAAAAAGAGCCCUGAAGAAACUGAGGAUCGGCUUUCGCAAAUACGAGCGUGCUUGGAGAAUCUGAAUAUGACUCUCCACUGCAGGAAUAUGAGCUGUGAUGCAGAGUUUUGCUGUUAUAUCGAUGCUGAUAAGGAUAGGUGUAUUCUUUGCUGCGCUCAAUGUAAGUGCAAGCACCAGUGA